CAGUUUCCAGAGCACGGAAAAAUUUCCCAGGGGCUAAGAGAAGGACGAAGUCUGCCCAAACAAGCCAGGACUCCAGCAGAAACUUUCUCCUGUGUCCCGAGGCGGUGGCAGGACCCUGACCAGAUGGGCGGGCCUCCCACCCGGCUCCAGGAGGCCCCACUCACCUCCCACCCCGGGAACAGCCUUCUUCCUUGUGGAGUCCCUACCCACGAUCCAGACUCUCCGCCCGCUCCUCCCUAGAAUUGUAGCCACCGAGAGCUCUGCCCUGCAUCCCAGGGCUUGUGUGGCUGACUCCGCCUUUGCUAGGUUUCUGGCACAGUGGGCCGGGCUGGGUCCUGCCAAGUAUAAAGUAGCCUCGGGUCUGUGGGCUGCACCCAAGCCUCCUAAAACCCUAUCCCCUUCUCCACCUGACCUGGAUCGCCCAGCAAACACCGCCCCAGGGAAUCAGUGCACCACCGGAGCCAUGGCUGCCAGAAAAGCACUGAUUGUACUGGCUCACGCAGAGCGGACAUCCUUCAACUAUGCCAUGAAGGAAGCUGCUGUAGAGGCUUUGAAGAGGAAAGGAUGGGAGGUCACGGUGUCGGACCUAUAUGGCAUGAACUUCAAUCCCGUCCUCUCCAGAAAGGACAUCACAGGUGAACUGAAGAACCCCGAGAACUUUCAGUAUCCUGCCGAGUCUACUCUAGCUUAUAAAGAGGGCCGUCUGAGCCCAGAUAUUGUGGCUGAACAAAAGAAGCUGGAAGCUGCAGACCUUGUGAUUUUUCAGUUCCCACUGCAGUGGUUUGGAGUCCCAGCCAUCCUGAAGGGCUGGUUUGAGCGGGUAUUUAUCAGCGAGUUUGCUUACUCGUAUGCUGCCUUGUAUGACAAGGGACCUUUCCAGAAUAAGAAGGCAGUGCUUUCCAUCACCACUGGUGGCAGUGGCUCCAUGUACUCUCUGCAGGGUGUCCAUGGGGACAUGAAUAUCAUUCUCUGGCCAAUUCAGAGUGGCACUCUGCAUUUCUGUGGCUUCCAGGUCUUAGAACCUCAACUGACAUACGGCGUUGGGCACAUUCCUGCAGAUGCCCGAACUCAGGUCCUGGAAGGCUGGAAGAAACGCCUGGAAAAUAUUUGGGACGAGACUCCACUGUAUUUUGCUCCAAGUAGUUUCUUUGACCUAAACUUUCAGGCAGGAUUCUUAAUGAAAAAGGAGGUCCAGGAAGAACAGAAAAACAAGAAAUUUGGCCUCUCUGUGGGCCAUCAUUUGGGCAAGUCCAUUCCAACUGACAACCAGAUCAAAGCCAGAGAAUAAGAUUCAUAAGACUUGAUUUCUUUCUAACAUGUAGCCAAAACUUUAGGUUUCUUUUUCAGGCUUCCUUGACUUGCUAUAGUUUUUAAGAUUUGUGUUUUCCUUUUUCCAUGAGGAAUGCGUAGGACAAAGAAUAGAUAACUGAUACAUUUUUUGGAUCGUUCUAUUAAACAUAACUGAUUCUUACAGUUGCUAUCAUGGCAAAGUCUGAUUAGGCUCAAGAGGCCACUUAAGGUGUAAAGCACGGAAAGGUAUAGCAAGAUGUCAGACAAAUUCUGUAAGGUCCUCUGUACUAUUUAAUCCCUUUUAAGGAUAAAUCUGACUAGGAAGCAUCCAACUCUCUGUAGUUUAUGGCAAAAGGGAGUUGUCCAGAGAAAGCAAUGACUGAAUCUGUCUGACCUAGGGGACUUGUUUAGUAAUCAGUAAUCUAUGCUUAUUUGUGAUAAUCUUGGUCUUAAUUACUACAUAGUGACUGACUUGCCUAAUAUGAGUGUUACUCUUCCUUUAACUUUGGUUGCUGGUAUACAGUACACACAGGUACACUGAAAUGAAGUUAAUAAAAGUCUCCUUUACCUCAAUCUUCUACUUUAAUGUCUACAGAAAUGAAACAACACGUCUGUAUACUACAAUUCACUAUGAUGAAUGAAUUCAAGAAAGGAAACAGUGCCCCAAUUCUUAAAAGAGACUUCCCAAAACACUGCUUUAUUUCUGACCUGUGUAACCAUCUGGAAGGUUUAUUCCCUGUAUCAUGGUUAAACUGAUGACUUUUAAGAAUAUAUUUUGCUCCCAUGACUUUUGGGAUAAAGUUUUAAGUCUAGAGUUUCAUUUACUUUGGUGAACAAUUUUGGCACAAUAUUCUAAUUUUGCAUGUAAAUUGUUAAGGGUAGCUGUAUACAUAGUUGGUGUAAUUCAAGUAGAAUUACUUGAAUGUGAUGAAAGACUGCCCUCUUGUUGAUGGAAACCUCUUUGCAUCAACAAAUGAUGCAAAGCAAGGUUGCCUGAAACUGGGAAUAGAUUCAUACCUGCCAAGGAAAUGAUGGUGUCAGUCUGGAGAAACUCGUUUGCCAGAUGCCAACAGGCACUGGGUAGUUCUUCCUUCUGAAGUAUCCGCAGUGACAUGGCUUGGUGCUUCAGUUUGAAAAUACUGUCUUUUGCCUUCAUCCUCCCUGCAGUCCUAUGUAUGUUUCUAAAAGUUCCAAAUGAAAUAAAAUCCAUUUCUGCAAAACAAA